AUGAAAAAAAUCCAUGAAGUAGGCACAUAUGGAAAGCAGGGAUUGAGGAUGGUAGCUGUAAAAGGAGCCAUAUUUGGACGUGAGUUGGAAGCAAGCCAGAAGUUGCUGCCUUGGGAGCCUGACCUAGAGAGUCUACUCAAUAUCCAGACAUCUCCUUCUCCCUUUGAAUUGGCAGUGGAAAAGGAUUUGGUCACUGGAGAAGUGAUUGGCUUCACUGAGGUUCCAGUUGAUGAAGUUGGCUGUCCAAGGAAUUCUGUGUCUAUGAGGAGAGCACCUGGGAAGGUAGAGGAUGGGGUCAAAGGCUCACCAUCCAAUCUUCCUUUCUGGCCUGGCGGUUUGGACUUGCCUCCUCUUGCCAAAAUUGAGGUGGCAGCUCUUGAUGGUGAGCUGGAGACAGUCCCACCUGGUUUCUCCCAUGGCUUAGACUUUAAAGCCAAAGAGAAAUCACUUAAUGCAGAGCAAGUGGCAGCUAAUACAGACAAGUCAGCUAAGUCAGGAAGAGGAGAAGCUGAGAUUGACUUUGGAAAGAUCCUGGAAUUUGAGGAAGACAUAUCAGUCUGGGCAUCAGAGCCUCAAAAGGCAAGUGAGAAGCAAAGGAAGGAAGGUGAAGACAUUGCUCUAGAAGAAGCUCUCAUUAUGCAUCAGCCAGAGAUGGAAUCACAUUUCCAGGAGCCAACAGUUGUGAUAGAAAUAAGCAAGGCUCCCUCUGCUGAUACAUCUGCAUUUGGAGCAGACCCAAAACGAUCAACAGAAUUUGCUCAAAUCCUAGAUGUUACAAAACCUAUCACAGACUUUCAUAAACUGGUCCCAUACCCAGCUCAAACAUGGCCAUUUCAGCUGGACAUGUUUCAGAUGCAAGCAAUUCUGUGUCUGGAAAGGCAUGACAGUGUUUUUGUAGCAGCACAUACUUCAGCUGUGCAUUACAUCAAUGAUGCAGAGAGGGGUGUUGUUUGGGAGGAAAGCCUCAUCAUGCUCCCUGACCAUAUUGGGAUUGUUCUGCUGUCAGCCACGGUUCCCAACAUUCUAGAGUUUGCUGACUGGGUGGGUCGUAUCAAGAAGAGGAAGGUGUAUGUGAGUUCAACCCUGAAGCGUCCAGUCCCCCUGGAACAUUACCUCUACACAUAUACUGGGUCUGGAGGGAAGGGGAAGGACAAUCGAUUUCUCUUGGUUGAUGCCAGUGGCAACUUCUUACAGAAUGGCUAUGCAGCUGCUGUUGCUUCCAAGAAACAAGCCAAGGAACAGCCUACUGGGAAAGGCCCUAGGAAGGGAUUUCAUGGGGGUGGAGGCAUGAAUCCUCAACAGGAAAAGAAUAUGUGGAUUGGGCUGCUAGAUCAUUUGAAACGGAACGACAAGCUACCUGUGGUGGCCUUCACACUAAGCCGCAAUCGAUGCGAUUCCAAUGCUAUGCUUCUCUCCUCAGUUGAUCUCACCACUGCUGCUGAGAAGCACGAAAUCCAUUCCUUCAUUCAGAAGUGUGUUUCUCGACUCAAGGGAUCUGACAAACGACUCCCACAGGUAGUUCACAUGAGCAGCCUGAUGGAAAGAGGGAUCGGAGUUCAUCAUUCAGGAAUCCUUCCUCUCUUGAAGGAAGUUAUUGAGAUGUUGUUCCAACAGGGCUUAGUCAAGCUCCUAUUUGCAACUGAGACAUUUGCCAUGGGUGUGAACAUGCCAGCUCGAACUGUGGUCUUUGACUCCACCCGCAAACAUGAUGGACAAUCUUGGAGAGACCUUCAUCCAUCUGAGUACAUCCAGAUGGCAGGCCGGGCUGGGCGACGAGGUCUGGAUGCAACAGGAACAGUCAUCAUCUUAUGCAAAGGAGAAGUCCCUGAGACUUCUGAUCUUGUUCGAAUGAUGUUGGGAAAGCCUACUGUUCUGCAAUCCAAGUUUCGCAUCACUUACAGCAUGAUUUUGAAUCUCCUGAGGGUGGAACAGCUGCGAGUUGAGGACAUGAUGAAAAGAUCCUUCUGUGAAGCUAGCCAGCAGAGACAGGGAAGCAAAGUGCUUGGGAGUGGUCGGGUUCUCUGGCUCAGUCACAAGGAACAUCAGAAUGUGAUUGGGGUUCUCCUCGAGCCUCCAAGCUCAAAGUCCGAUUCUCUUUCCAUUUUCAUCCUUCAAGAUCCUGAUGCUUCACAAGUUCAACAUGACUCCACAGAUGGGAAGAAAGAGGAAUGGAAAUCCCUCCUUGGCCUUGUAACAGCAGAACCUCAAUUACCUGAAUUCACAUCUGCUCACCCAACUGUGGUAUCCUUUCCUCCCACCUCUAUUGUACGCUUUGGGAAGAAAGUCUUGAAGGUGGAUGCAUCUGCCAUCAUGACUGAUUGGAGGCGUCGCCGUCGCCUUGACUCCUCCUCUGAGGCUGAGAACCUUCUCCUAGCUUUGAAAAGUCUGUCUCUCCCUUCCUUGAGACUAGGUGGACCUGCAGUCCUUGUAUCUUGGUAUUAUGUUGCUUGUGUUGCAGCUGGGUCAGGGAAGGGUUUUGAUUGGCUGGACCCUGUGAAAGACCUGGGAAUGAAGGAGUUGGAAGCCUGUGACAAGUGGAAGUCCUAUCAGAUGGCUUUAGAGGGCCUUCAGUCACAUGCCUGCAUCUCAUGCCAGCACUUUUCUGAACACCUUCAGCUUAUGUGUGAACGACUAGCAGCAGAAGCAGAAGAGGAGCACUAUCGAUACCUGAUCUCUGAAAAGGCUCUUUCUGCGCUUCCUGAAUAUGAGGGAAAGCUCCGAGUCUUACAAGCCCUUGGAUACGUGGAUCCCAAUCUCACAGUGCAAUUGAAAGGUCGUGUCGCUUGUGAGAUGGGAACUCAUGAACUCAUGAUCACAGAACUCAUCUUUGAGAAUGUUCUCACCGACCUUCCACCAGCAGAAAUCACUGCCCUCUUGUCGUCUCUCGUCUUCCAGGGACGAAAGACCGAUUCCCUUGACACAGCAGACCUCCCAGCUAACCUUGCAAAAGGAGUUGAGAGAUUUAAGGAGGUUGCAUUGAAGAUAGGACACAUCCAGCGAGACUCAGGACUUCCAGAUCCACCCCUGGAUUUUGUGGAGCAACUCAACUUUGGCCUUGUGUUGGUGGUCUUUGAAUGGGCCAAAGGAGUCUCUUUUUCUGAGAUCGCCCGCAUGACUGAUGUCCAGGAGGGUUUGAUCAUUCGAGCGAUCCAGCGGCUAGAAGAGGUUCUGAGGGAUGUGCGAAGUGCAGCACGCAUAGUUGGGGAUCCCCUACUUUUCCAGAAAAUGGAAGAAUCUUCUGCAGCCAUCAAGCGAGAUAUUAUGUCUGAUUCAGGGGAACCAAAAGGAGGAGAUGAUGUGGAUAUGGAUGAGGAGAUGGAGGAAGAUGAUGAGGAUGAUGAUGAAUCAGGAAUAGAUGAAGAAGAAGGUGGAGAAGAGGCUGGAGCAAGUGGAGAAGAGAAGAAGGAAAAGAAAGUAUAUCUUCCUGGUGAGCCCCUUGGUGAAGGGGAGGAGCUGGAAUGUGAUGAGUCUGCUUAUGUCCUCUUCCAACAAGCCCAUGCAGGUGCACCCUGCCUGAGCUUUGACAUCAUUCCAGACCAUCUGGGUGACAAACGAGAGACUUUCCCAGCAACAUGUUACUGUGUUGCAGGAACCCAAUCAGCUCGUUCUCAUGGCAAUAAUUUGAUUGUCAUGAAGAUGACAAACCUCCGCAGUAACAAGAAAGCCAACAAGGAGAAUGAUGACUCAGAGGAUUCAGACUCAAGUUCUGAUGAGGAAGAUGAAGAUGACAAGCCAGAAUUGGAGGCAGCUCUUGUGGCUCAUCAAGGCACUAUCAAUCGUGUCAGGGCUCACAAACUCCCAGAUGGGAAAGUAUUGGCAGCAUCCUGGUCAGAGCUUGCAAAAGUCCACAUCUGGGACCUGACCCGUCCCCUCCAGGCUGUUGAGGACCCCCAUUCUAUGACUGCAUAUGUGAGAAAGAAGGAAAGCCCCAAGCCACUCUUCACAUUCAAAGGUCAUUUACAAGAGGGUUAUGCAAUGGACUGGUCCCCAACCAAUGUUGGUUGGUUGGUCACUGGUGACUGUGUGAAAAACAUCCACCUUUGGAAGCCUACUGAAGGUGGGAAGUGGAGUGUUGAUCAGAAGCCUUUUGUUGGUCACACUGCCUCUGUUGAAGAUCUUCAGUGGUCUCCCACUGAGAAGACGGUCUUUGCCUCAUGCUCUGUGGAUCGCACGAUUGGAAUAUGGGAUGUGAGGGCUCCUCCUCAGAAGGGGAUGAUGCUUUCCGUGAAGAAUGCUCAUGAGAACGAUAUUAAUGUCAUUUCAUGGAACCGACAAGAGCCAUUCAUCGUCUCUGGUGGAGAUGAUGGCAAGGUCAAUGUCUGGGAUCUCAGAGACUUUCAGGUGAGCGAAACUCCAGAGCCAGUGGCAAAAUUCAAGCACCACACACAGCCAGUGACAACUGUGGAAUGGCAUCCCACAGAUUCCUCAAUAUUUGCAUCUGGAGGUGGUGAUAACCAGAUUGCAAUCUGGGACCUGGCUGUGGAAAGAGGUGAUGAUCCCAAUGAUAUACCAGAAGUGCCAGCUCAAUUGCUGUUCAUCCAUCAAGGUCAGGAAGAUAUCAAAGAACUCCAUUGGCAUCGUCAGAUACCUGGUCUCAUCAUCUCUACUGCUCAUUCAGGAUUCCACAUCUUCAAGACCAUCAGUGAACUGGAGAAGCUUCACACACAGCAACUGGAAGAAGAUUAUGAGAAGGAAUUGAGUAAAGAGCGAGACCAACUUCACUCCCUCCUCCCUGAAUUGACCCACCCCACUCAGCUUGGUACUAAAGACAGAGAAUGGGAAAAGUGCCGGAAGGACUUGGAGGAAUUAUAUGAGUGGGAGGGAAGGCAUUUGGAGAGGAUAAAGCCAGUGCUCUGUGAGCCCCUCAUCACUAGUCGAGAAACCAUUUCCCUUCCGUCUGAACGUCUCCCGGACAUGAAGGGACUGUUAUCCUCCAGCCAAUACCUGGUAAAGAACAUCGGUUCCCUCUAUGCACUUCCAUCCUCCCGCUCUGUUGAGGGAGGGGAAGAAUUGGAGGAGAGGGAGAUGAGAAGGAGAAUCCUGGUGAUAGAGAAAAGGAAGAAGGUGAUGGAGAAGCGAAUUCAGAAGUUUGAUGAUCUGUUGCGCUUUGACUAUGCUCCUUGUCUGAAAAUGAGCCAGAUGGAACCAGAUGGAAUCAUGUCUAGUACACCUCUCCAUUGAUCAUUGCCAAAUGUGGGAAAAAAAAAAGGCAGUGACAAUUUCUUAAAUGGACCUAGUGAAGUGUUAUGAUUGUCAAGUGGAUCUGAGAUCAUGCAUUUGGCAAUGAGGGGAAAGUAAAUUCCUUCCACUUUUUCUAAGCAUUGGAAAGAAGUUUCUGUGUCAUUUCCAGUGAGACCAAACUGCUAUAUCUUGAACCACCCUCUGUCACCCUCUUGCUGUGAAUUCGAAUUGACUUGCUAUAUUUUUUUAAUUGUCUUUGUAUGAGAAUUCCCAUUGUAAGUUCCUUGGGG